ACGUUGCAUUUUUUCACAGAAUUGGUUGAAUUGAACAUAGUGGAAUGUGUAAAAAGUGGUUGCAGUAAAAAUCGCAUAAGCAUUAAUAUUUUUUACGGUGAACAAUGGCGAAUGAUUACUAUGCAAACGUAACUGGCGUCCCUUCGUGUUCAUCCUCACGCUGGCUAACAGAAGAGGUUUUCAAGCUGAUCGAUAUGGUGCAGCAUGAUGAGGCCAUUUAUAAUCCGCGCCAUAAAUACUACUUUUGUCGACCAUAUGUAGAGAAUUUCUGGCGUGAAGUUGAUCAAAAACUUGAAAAGAAUCCUGGCGCCAGCCUUGCAAAAUGGACUAAUUUGCGUAUAUCUUUUCGCCGCGAGUACACAAAUUAUCUAGAAGAAAAGAUACCGCCCUGUUGGACUUAUUUUGAUCGCAUGUUUUUCUUACAUCCUUAUUUAAGGAAAAAACAUACACCACCCAAAUCACUUGACUCACAAGUACAGGACGCCUUAGUACGUAUCAGCUCUUUAUCUGAUCGUUUGCAGCGAGAGCGCACAGCAGCAGUGGCUGCCAAUGCAGCUGCUGCUCUUAGCGGUAAUAACGUUACAAGCGAUGUACACUCGUCAGUUUUACAUUCUCAGCAAACGCAUCAGCAACCAAUCGAUAAUUACUUGGAAUAUUUUGAUGAUGCCGAGCCGAAUAAUUCCGAUGAUUUAGAUGAUGUUAUGGAUGAUGAGCAGCGAAAUCGCUUUCGACAUACAGACGGACAUGUGCAUACACUCAACAAUGAUAUUAAAUCGGAAUGUGAUGAUGUUAAAUCGGAUGUUGAUGAUUAUGAGCCAGAAAUUGCUGCUGUGCGUCAAGAGGAGGAAGAUAAUGAACUUGAAGAGAUGGAAAUGCGUAAUUUCAUGAUGGAUUCAUAUGCCAGCAGCAGCACCACCGCAAUUCCAUUAGAAGAUAGACGUGCACAACUACGUAUGCAACAGUUUAUGCGUUUGCAAUCACGCUCAUACCAAGAUGAGUUUCGCAUUAAGCGACCACGCUCGCGCGAUAGCAUAAGUAGCACACAUGCUAUUGCUGCUGCCGGCAAUUCGGCUAAUACAGCUGGAAGUAGUUUACAUACUAAUCCACACCCUAGCGCUCCUCCAAUACCACCGGUUAGCGCUAGUGGCCAUACACGCAUGCAUAGCUCCCAAGUCAGCACAGCAACAACUCAUACAAAUAUAUCCUUAGUACGACCAACGCUGGCAAAACCUAUGGAAUUGGUCAGCACUACCACAAGCAAUUCUGGUCAUGUCGGUCUCAGUGUUGGCGCUGGCGUUAGCACAGGCAAUGCAUUGACAAAUAAUCCAAAUAACGAAGCAGAUUUGAAUGCGAGUAGUACAUCGAAUACAAGUAACCAGGUUGCAACAACUUCGACUGCUAUGAGUCACCAGCAUCACCAACGCCACUCAACUGCUAGUCAUCACACACACAAUUAUAGUCAUCAUAGUGCCGGUGGCAGUGCUAACUCACAUCAUCGUUUAGAAAUUGCCUCAAUAUCGUCUGGCACGUCUGGCGCUGGUUUGAGUAGCAGUAGUGCUGCAAGUGCAGCGGUACCGGUGUCAACAUUAGUGAAUGCAGCCAAUACAGCAGCGCCUCCACCUACGCCUCAGUCACAUGUGGAGUUAUGUGACUGCAAAACGGAUCCGGACGCUAUGUUCCUCAUGAGUUUACUGCCUGAUAUUCAAAAAUUGAAUGGGCGAGAUCGUGGUAAAAUUAAGAUUGCCUUUCAAAACAUACUGCAGGAUUACUUGUAUCCCGAUUAGGAGUAAGCAUUCUAGAGGAGCUACCAAUAAACCGUGAUUUUACUUUCUGUGGUUGAAUUUGUCGAAA